AUGUUUGGACUGGAAUCAAGUUCGUUUUGUCAUGACCAUGUUGACAAUGGAAUUGUGAAUGUCCAGCCAGUUAGGAAAUCAGCUGAACUUGACGUGCGUAAGCAACGGGAGAAAUGGCACUUAUUCAUUGCUGGAUGGCAACCCCACCCGGGCUCAACAGCUAUGUACACAGCAAGAGAUGAUAGAAUGUUUGAUUGA